UACCACAACAACACCAGACAUUAUGGGAGGAGGACCAGCGUUGACACGACAAGAAGUCGCCAAGCACACAUCCGAAGACGACAUCUGGCUCAUCGUCGACCACCAAGUCUACGACGUCUCCGACUUCCUCGAAGCGCACCCGGGCGGAGAAGUAGUUCUGCGUCAAGUAGCCGGGCAAGAUGCCACCGAAGCCUUCUACAACCUGCACCGCCAACAAGUCCUCACGCAGUACAAAGCGCUCUGUCUCGGACCUCUCGAAGGCGAAACCCCCGAAGUCAUUACGCCGCAACCAGGAGAUCUCUCGACGGUACCCUAUGCCGAACCCCUCUGGUUGAGUCCUGUUUUUAAGAGUCCGUAUUAUAAUGAGAGUCAUCGCCGGCUACAAAAAGCGGUCAGAGAAUUUACGGAAGUGCAUAUUUUGCCUGAAGCGAAAGAAAAAGAAGAUGAUGGGACGCAAAUUUCUCAAGAGUUGAUCGAUAAAAUGGCAGAUGUCAAUCUCCUCGCGUGCAGAUUAGGUCCGGGAAAACAUUUACGUGGUCGAACACUUUUUGGCGGGGUGGUGAAGGGGGAAGAAUAUGAUUAUUUUCAUGAUUUGAUUGUUAGUCAGGAAAUUGUGAGGACGAAUAUGAGAGGUUUUCAGGAUGGGAAUAUGGCUGGCAUGACGAUUUCUUUGACGGCUGUGCAUCAGUGGUGUCGGGAUGAGGAGUUGCGGGAACGCGUUUCGCAGGAGGUGUUGUCCGGGAAGAAGAAGAUUUGUUUGGCUGUUACGGAGGCUUUUGCUGGGUCGGAUGUUGCGGGGUUGAGAACUACGGCGACUUUGUCGGAGGAUGGGGAGUUUUAUGUGGUUAAUGGUACUAAGAAGUGGAUCACCAACGGCAUCUUCUGCGACUACUUCGUCACAGCCUGCAAAUCCGACAAAGGCUACACCGUCCUCCUCAUCGAACGAGACUCCAACGUCGAAACCAAACUCAUCAAAACCUCCUACUCCACAGCAGCCGGAACAACCUACAUAGAAUUCAACAACGUCAAAGUCCCCAAACGAAACAUUCUCGGUCCCGAACACGCCGGUUUCCAAGUCAUCAUGUCCAACUUCAACCACGAACGCUUCAUGAUGUGCGCCAUGGUAACCCGCUGGUCACGCACCAUCCUCGAAGAAUGUCUCAAAUGGUCUCACCAACGGCACGUCUUCUCCGCACCCCUAAUCCAGCAACCCGUCAUCCGCCUAAAACUCGCCUCCAUGAUUUCCAAAGUCGAAGCCUCACAAUCCUGGAUCGAAUCCCUCGUCUACCAAAUGAACCACCUCUCCUACUCUGCACAAGCCCAACUCCUCUCGGGCCCGAUUGCGUUGUGUAAAUUUUAUUGCACGCGCACCGCGCAUGAGAUUGCGGAUGAUGCGACGAAUAUUUUUGGGGGGAGGGCGUUGACGAAGGGGGGGAUGGGGGGUGUGGUGGAGAUGUUUCAGAGGACGAAUAAAUUUGAUGCGAUUUUGGGGGGGGCGGAGGAGGUGUUGGCGGAUUUGGGGGUUAGGCAGGCUAUGAAGUUUAUGCCGAGGGGGGCGAAGUUGUGAUUGGGGGGAGUUUUUGUUGGGGAUGGAAUGGAAGGGAGAGGAGAGGAUUGGAUGGAUAGGUGAUUUUGGGAUGGGUUUAGAUUGUUGUAA